GAAGCCGAGGCUCUGACGCGGCCGCCGGGCCCCGGGGCUGGAUACAUUGUCGCGCUGAGCUUCCCCCGGGCCGGCCCCCAGCCGUCCCCGCGCGGCUUCCCGCAGCGCCAGGCCCCCUCCCGGGGGCAGGCGCGAGCCAGCACGCCCGGACGGACUGACGGACCGAUCGACCGAGGCAGCCGACGGGCCGAGGCUGGAGCCGGGGCUGAGCUGGGCUGGGGAAGCCGGUUCUGCCGCCGCCGGGGAGCAAACUUCCCAGCCGGGCGCGGGGUGGCGGGGGCCCCGUCCAGGGCCGGAGGAGGAGACGGCCCGGAGUCCUCCUCCUCCUGCUCUCCUGUCUCCCGGCACCAUGCUGUCUAACUCACCCGGCCAGACCCCGCCCGUGCUGUUCCCCAAUCCUCCGCCGCCGCCCCCGCCCCAACAGCCCCAGCCCCCCUCCCAGUCCCAGCCCCAGCCUCAGGCUCCGGUACUACCUCUGCCGCCGCCGCCGCCUCCGCCACCGCCGCCGCAGCAGCAGUCACAGCCGCCGCCGCCCCCCCAACCCCCCCAACAGUUUCCCCAGUUCUAUGUCAAGUCGAGCCUGCAGAUCAAGAAGAAUGCUAUCACGGAUGACUACAAGGUCACCAGCCAGGUCCUGGGGCUCGGCAUCAACGGGAAAGUUUUGCAGAUCUUUAACAAGAAGACCGGGGAGAAAUUCGCCCUCAAAAUGCUUCAGGAUUGCCCCAAAGCCCGAAGGGAGGUGGAUCUGCAUUGGCGAGCCUCUCAGUGCCCACACAUUGUCAAGAUCGUGGAUGUCUAUGAGAACCUGUAUGCAGGAAGGAAGUGUCUCCUGAUCAUCAUGGAAUGCAUGGAUGGUGGAGAGCUCUUCAGCCGCAUCCAAGACCGAGGAGACCAGGCCUUCACAGAGAGAGAGGCGUCAGACAUCAUGAAGAGCAUCGGUGAAGCAAUUCAGUACUUACACUCAAUCAACAUUGCUCACAGGGAUGUCAAGCCUGAGAAUCUCUUAUACUCUUCCAAACGGCCCAAUGCUAUCCUGAAGCUCACUGACUUUGGCUUUGCCAAGGAAACUACCAGCCAUAAUUCCCUCACUACCCCUUGUUAUACACCGUACUAUGUGGCUCCAGAGGUCCUGGGCCCUGAGAAAUACGAUAAAUCCUGUGACAUGUGGUCUUUGGGUGUCAUCAUGUAUAUCCUACUAUGUGGUUAUCCUCCAUUCUAUUCCAACCAUGGCCUUGCCAUCUCUCCUGGCAUGAAGACACGAAUCCGAAUGGGCCAGUAUGAGUUUCCCAAUCCAGAGUGGUCAGAAGUAUCAGAGGAAGUCAAAAUGCUUAUCCGGAAUCUGCUAAAGACAGAACCAACUCAAAGAAUGACCAUCACUGAAUUUAUGAACCAUCCUUGGAUUAUGCAAUCAAUGCAGGUCCCUCAGACUCCACUGCAUACAAGCAGAGUCCUAAAGGAAGACAAGGAGAGGUGGGAGGAUGUGAAGGAAGAAAUGACCAGUGCCUUGGCCACCAUGCGCGUUGACUAUGAGCAGAUCAAGAUUAAGAAGAUUGAGGACGCCACCAACCCUCUGCUCCUAAAGAGGCGGAAGAAGGCCCGGGCUCUGGAGGCAGCCGCCCUUGCUCACUGAGCCACCCUCAGCCCUCCUCUCACCCUGUUGGAGGGAAAGCAAUAACUCUCUAAGUAUAUUUUUUAAAAGCAGAGACACAGAACUGUCCUCCUCCUGCUCCCGCCUGCAUGGAGCCCAGAAACUUGUCAGCAGAUGAAUUCUGAUCCUUUAACUGCCACCUUCCCUGGCGCUCCUGGACUUCCCCCGGGAGCACCCAACUCCUGGGAGGGUGAGGACAGGGGAGCAAGCUGCUCUCAAGACCUUCCUCAUUGUGCAGUUUUUCUUGGCUGAUUUGGCCUUGACUUUUUAUAAAAUUUCUAUUUUUUUCUCCUCCAUCCCCUCCUUUUCCUCCCAAGUCACAGGAUGAUUUUUAAAAAACAAAGUAUUUGGGGAGCUGCUUCAGGGAGGUGACUCAGUGUCUGUAUCUUGUUCCCUCAGCUCUCUCCCUCCCCUCACCCAAGGCUGAGGCUUCCAUGGACUUGGGAGCCAAGUGGCUGGGAAGCCGAGCCCUGUGGAGGAUAAAACUUUUGUGAUGCGGGAUCCAAGGGGGAGCUUGGCCUCAGGGGUGAGAGUCAGGAAGCUUCCCUUUGCCUUAGCUCAAAGGCCUUGGACAACCGUAGCUAUGGUCAAGGAGCAGGCAUACAGGGCUGUAUGUGUGAGUGUGUGGACAGGGCGUAUGAAUCAGUGUGCUGAUAUGGUGUGUUGGUGGUGGGAGGGGGCUCCGAUGCAACUCAGGGGGCCGAAAUUCCCCUUUGGGUCUGACACAGACCAGGGAAAAGUCCACAUAUCUAUCUCCGUGGGAAGCUGGCUAAGAUUUUGAAACUGGCUUAUGAUCUUGGUCUCUAGCAAGCAGGGCUCUGGGGGCAAGGGGAAGGGCUUCCCUGACACUGGCACUGAGAUAAAAGGGACAGGAGCCUUCCUCUUCCUCCUGCCAAAUCUUAGCAUUUAGUGCAGAAUUUCAGUCUUCCCUCCCUCUCUCCCUCCUCAGUGAAUGGGAAGGCAAUACUACCUUGUGGAGAAGGGAGGAUUCAGAAUGCUCCCUCUUUUCCCACUUUCCCUGAACACUAUGUGUUUGGAAAAAGAAGCUUCCCUCCUCUUUCCUACCCAGAUGUAUACAGGGCCAAAAGAUAGUGUCCAGGACCCUGUUUUUGUUUUUGUUUUGCUUCUCUCCUUCCCCCUCCUCCCAAACCAGGAGCCAGUCUGAGCCCACAAAAUCUGCUGCCUUCAUCUAGGAGCAGACAGAGCAUGCCACUCUAGAAGAUGAGUGGGAGAUAAGGUCCUUUGGGCCUUUGUGGUUAGGAUCAUCCAACUUAUCCCAUUUGCCUCCUUCCCUUAUUUUAAAACUCUAUUGGUUUAUAUUUCCUCAAUUUUAGCCUUUUUUUUGUUUUUGUUCUUGGGCCACCUUUUAGUCUCCCACCCUGAGGAUGAGCCUGGGCUAUUUGUUACGACCAGAAAGAUUUUGUUUUGUUUGGCUCUCUCUUCAGCAGUGGGAACCACCCCAUACUUUUCCCCCUUCCCAUGGCUUACUUUCUCUGGGUUAUCUUUUCUGUCCUCUUGAGUGACCCGGAGGACAGAGAGGAAGCCUUCUCACCAAAGAUGCCCCACCUCUACCCUCUUCUUCACCCAUGGCUCUAUUGGCCCUUCCAUGACUUCUCCAACUGGCCAAUGGGGGUGGAGAGACACCUCUUCCCUGUUCUUCCCAGUAUUAAGUAGGAGUGGAAUUGGGAGGGCCCUCUGUGCUAGUGUCUUAGGCCAUCUCCCCCUCACUAGCAUAGUGGAGGAGGCAGGGGAAAGGAGUUGGGAGUAGCUUUUUAGUUCUUCAUCUCCCUCAGGGGCAUAUGGGGAAGGGGGCAUUAGGGGAUUGGGUUGAGUGCCUGCCAUGCCCCCGACCUUCCUCUCCCUCCCCCAGUGGUAUGUCUGGCCCUUGGAUUAUUGUUAACAUGUUGUUUUGUAUGAUCAAAACUGUCUUUACUAAACAGAUUUAAUAGUUGGAA